CAAGAUCCCUCUAACUGUUAAGUCACUCUGGUCUCUGAGCUGCAGGCUCUUACAGUCGGACACACCUGGCUGGUGCCUCAGCUAGAUCAAACCAUGGCUGAAACCGAGGACACCGUUACUGACGUGUGGGAUUGGUUUUCUGAGUUUUCAAAUUUCUCUGACAUGCCAUCUGUAGAAAAAGACCACAUCCCCUGUAGUAGGCUAGAGACUGAGAAACUCAACAAGCAUGCUGUGGUCGUCAUCUAUGCCCUGGUGUUCCUGCUGAGCGUGCUGGGAAACUCCCUGGUGAUGCUGGUCAUCUUGUGCGGCCGCGUCGGCCGCUCCGUCACCGACGUCUACCUGCUGAACCUGGCCAUGGCCGACCUGCUCUUCGCCCUGACCUUGCCCAUCUGGGCCGCCUCCAAGGUGAUUGGCUGGAUUUUUGGCACAGCCCUGUGCAAGCUGGUGUCGCUCCUGAAGGAAGUCAACUUCUACAGUGGAAUUCUCCUGCUGGCCUGCAUCAGCAUGGACCGCUACCUGGCCAUUGUCCACGCCACACGCGCUCUCACCCAGAAGCGCCACCUGGUCAAGUUCGUAUGUCUGGGCAUCUGGGGACUGUCUCUGAUUCUGUCCCUGCCUUUCUUCCUCUUCCGCCAGGCCUAUAAACCAAAGGAUUCGGGCCUAGUCUGCUAUGAGGUCCUAGGAAAUGACACAGCAAAGUGGCGGAUGGUGCUGCGGAUCCUGCCCCACACCUUCGGCUUUGUCCUGCCCCUGCUGGUCAUGCUGUUCUGCUACGGAUUCACGCUGCGCACGCUGCUUAAGGCCCACAUGGGGCAGAAGCACCGGGCCAUGCGGGUCAUCUUUGCUGUGGUCCUCGUCUUCCUGCUCUGCUGGCUGCCCUACCACCUGGUCCUGCUGGCAGACACCCUCAUGAGGACCCAGGUGAUCUCGGAGACCUGUGAGCGCCGCAGCGACAUUGACAGGGCCCUGCAUGCCACCGAGAUUCUGGGCUUCUUCCACAGCUGCCUCAAUCCUUUCAUCUAUGCCUUCAUUGGCCAAAAUUUUCGCUAUGGAUUCCUCAAGAUCCUGGCCAUGCGUGGCCUGGUCAGCAAGGAGUUCUUGGCACGUCAUCGCGUUACCUCUUGCACUUCUUCCUCUAUCAAUGUCUCUUCUAACCUCUGAAAACCAUCCACGAAAGAAUGUCUGUCCUCAUAAGGAAAGAGUGUCACCCCGAGGCUGUGCGGAGAGAGGGGUCUGGCUCUGGACAGAUGCUAUCUGGGUUUGGGAGGGAGGCGCUAGCAUGCCGGGAAGUUAGGGACUGGGGUCUGCCGGGGCCGAGCCAACCUUCCGAGCAGCUGCUGAGGCACCACCCAGGACCGGCCUUCACACCUCCAUGGACAGGAAGCGUCGUCAUUCCUGUGGAACACUCGUAUCUCUGGCCCACUAAUUAGCACAGACACAUCCACAGCCUGAAUCUGACGUUAGAUCAAAGAGCUGGGGCUGAAGCUGUUUGCUCACAUGGGCUGGUCUCUCUUGUGGAUGCUCUCAGGACCGUCACCUCAACCACCGAGCACACUCCAACCUUCGUACCUCUGUGUCCUCUGAUCUGAGCACGUGGAACUGUUUUCUUAUCUUGCAUAUGUUGUAGUGUCUGCUGGGGACAUCGAGGCAGGUGCUACCAAGAAAUCAUCAAAGCACCACGUGGCCUUGGGAUGGAGCUGGAAAUAUUUCCCUUGGGUGUGGUGGGUGGACAGAGAGGGAGGGGGUGUGCAGGCAGCCUGACUGCAUAAGGACCCCUCCCUCCCGUGGGGGCAGCCUGUGCCUGCACACAGCAAGCCACGCAGGGAGCAGGAUGAGUUCUGCCAUUGUGGAGCCUCCAAGCUGACACCAGCAACCCCAGAAAGCCAUAUAUCCUCAUCGGUCAGCUGUGCAGCCAGAUGUUUCUAAUCAAGUUUCUGUUCCAGGUUGUCCCUGGGGCAGUGUUUUGGGUGUGACACAGGGUCAGAUGUGUGUGCGGCGUUGCUGGCUGUUCCUGCGGUGGAAUGGGAGCAGCACCCCCAAAAGGCGUCUCUCUGGGUUGAAGGGUGACAUUCCCUGGGGCUCGAACUCCUGCUAGAACAGUCUCUUGAGGGACAAAAACUCCCACUCAUGCUCAUACCCCAGGCUGCGGAGCCUCCCUUUGUCCUUACGUAAAAAGAGCUGUUCCUCCAGAGAGUCUCAGCCUCACUUAACUUGACCUUCAUCUUCUGGCUGAGACCCUGCCUGGCUCCCUCAACGAUAUCAGCUCACUCCACGCCCCCCCACAUGCCCACCCUGAAUUUCAGUGAUUGUCUAUUUGCCCCGCUUGGGGCAGGAAUCCUGUCCAUUUUGUUCACUCCAUAGCCCGUGUCUGUCACACUGCCUGCAGCCUAUCAAAUGCUCGGCAAACAUUUACUGAAUGGGUGGACGCUGGAAGGACCCCAGUCCAUGCGUUCACCCUCUGCUCAGAGCUCCUCCUGUCUGAACCCCGGUCGGCCCCCUGCUGUCCUCGGCUGCAUGUUAAGUUUGCCUUCAUGCCUUAUCCUGUUAGAUUUUUAUCUCUGCAGAAAUGUCCCAAGUGAGUACCGGAGAUGUCAGGGCUCUUUGGAUUGCAAAUAAUAGAAACUGAACUCAAAGCAGCUUAAGCAAAGCUUAGAAUGUGUGGGUUUAGGUGGGAUGGGGAAAGAGCAGGGAAGUUGGGAAUGGGAUGAAGCUCAGAGAUGGGAUUUAUUAUUUUUUUUUAAUUUUUAAUUUUUAUGGGUACAUAAUAGUUGUACAUAUGUAUGGGGUACAUGUAAUAGUUUGAUACAAAUGUGUAAUGUGUAAUGAUCACAUCAGGGUAAUUGGGGUAUUUAUCACCUCAAGAAAUUAUCAUUUCUUUGUGUUAGGAGCACUCCAGUUCCACUCUUUUAGUUAUUUUGAAAUAUACAAUAAAAUGUUGUUAACUAUAGUCACCCUGUUGCGUGUGCUACCAAAUACUAGAUCACAUUCCUUCUAUCUGACUGUACUGUUGCACCCAUUAGCCAUCCUCUCUUAUCCCCCCUCCCUACCACCCUUUCCGGCCUCUGGUAAUGUCAUUCUAUCUGUGCUCUAAGAGGUAGGAUUUAGAUUAAGGUUGUGACUGGGAUCAGCGAUUGAGGUUCCAGUUAGAGACUGGGGGGCAGGCAUGGGGCAGCAGCUUGGGAUAAGGUUAGAUGAGGAUGAAUGGCAGGAGUGGGGAGAGAUCUAGAAACAAGGGAUGCUGGGGAUGUGGUGAGUGAGAUUCAGGGGUGCAGUGAGGCAUCGGGGACAGGGAGAUUCGGGAUAGGGCUGAGACCAGGUGCAGAGGAAGGCUUAGGGAUGGGAUCAGUGAAGAGUGUAGUGAGUCUUAGGGAGGGGGCAUCAGGCAGGGAAUGACUGUCAAGGAUGUGUUGGUGGCUACAAGGUCGCAGCAAAAAGAAUUUCUGGCAGAGUCACCAUCCUCUCUGGAGCAGGGUCUAAGAUGCUCUUUCGGGGGAAGAAGACGAGCCUCUCCAGACAGGGUGAGGGGCAAGUGUUUGGUGCUCAAGCCCUAAGACAGAUCUGAUUCAGGAGAGGAGAUAGAAGAAGGAAGAGAUAAUCCAGGUGAGUAGGGCUGAGAACUGGGGUCUCCUUCUCCUCUUUCUUCCUCCUCCAAUCCGAGUACCUCUCCCACUGUUUCCUUAACGUCCACCUUUCUGUUGUUACCAUGUGCCAUCCCAGCGACAACCCUAUCGGGGCUGCAGCAGGUAAACAGGAUCCGUACUGGGUCUGGGGGAAAUAUGAACGACUAAUAAACAUGUGGAAAGAUGGUCAGCCUCACCAGUAACUUGGGAAAUAGGACCUAGUCAGCAAUAAAAUAACUUGAAGUGUUUUAAACAGGGGAGAGAUGUAGCCAGACUCUUUUCAAUCAAGUGCAACAUAGUUUGAUUAGAUAUUUUAACGAGGCAUGUAAUUCUCUGGAUAUGGCUCAAGACAUAAAUGAUUUGGAUUUCAAAAUUUUUACAAAUGCUAGUAUUCAGGUACUUAAUUAACAUAAUGCAUAGUAAUUUCAAAAACUGGUGCUUCAAUCACUAGAUACGGUAAGGAUUAGAUCUCUGGUCAAGGCCUUGACCAGAUGGUUCACCUCAGGGAGGGAGCCCCUGUUCAGGGUGGGGCUGGGACCAGGGACGGGGUGAAUCUUAGGAGAGGAUGGGGGUCAGAGUUUGAAGGGGUCAGGGAGGGGCUUGUGUCAGGGAGGGGGUGCACAUCAGAGAUAAGUUUGGGGACAGGGAUUGGGAUGUGAAUGGGUGUUCUAUACCAUGCUUGCUGAUGUUAAAGUUUGAAAAUUUGUGUUAUAGGCUUGGUCACAGUGUUCCAGCCUCCAAUAAAUUAUGUCAAAAUCUACUGUUUCCCCUAAACUACUUCCCUUUUGAUAAACCACGGUCCCUCACCUUCCCUUGUCCCCAUCCUGUGGCCCAUUUUUCUUAGUUGCAGCAAAAAGUGCUAAUUGAUAAUCCAGGUUUUACGUCCUAGGGGUUAAAAUUGCCCCUUUCCCAUAAACUUGCAUUUCAAUAUGUGUCUUUCAGAGGCUGAAAAAUCUUACAGAUGCAAAUGAAAUAAAAUGACUGUUUCCCCUUUGGCCUAAGGGUCUUCCCAGCGAGUGUCUUUCCAGAGAUGACCCCUAAUCAAGCGGUGGUGGAGCCCAGCCUUUAGCUGUUUCCAGGCAGAGGUUGGAGGGGCCACUCUGGGCUCCAUCCAAAAAGCCACUGGGCUGACAGCUGAACUCUGACCACCAAUGAUUUUAUCCAGCCUGGUAUUUUGUUUUUAAAUUCAAGAUCUUUCUUUCAACCUUGAGGGUACAAAUGAAUCAAAGACAUAAACAAAUAAAGAAUAUAUAGAAUAUGUC